AUGCGAGUUAUGACACCUUGGGUCAAGUGUUUCCCUGAUAUUACAGUUGCAGGGGUGGUCAGGGACCCUAUUUUUCCGAUUUUCGGCCCGCGGCCCGGCCCGUCUAAUUGACCGGCCCGGCCCGGCCCGUCUAGUCUUUUUCCAGGCCCGGCCCGGCCCGGCCCGUGACGGGCCUGGCCCGGCCCGGCCCGUGCAGGCCCGUCUAUAGAGGGUUCUGCGAACUGCGCCCAGGCUCGGGAUCUAAACUGAGGCAAAAAAGGCGUUGAUCUAGCUAGUAAAGGAUCAAUGUGAUAGUUUUGUGGUUCUAUAAUUGAACUAUAGACUUGUAAACGUUUUAGAACUUGAGAAACAGCAACUAUAACAACAUCAAUUAAUUUUCCCGGCGCGAAAACAAUGAAUGCCAACGGUUUGGCAUUGUAUUUUAGACGGGCCCGGCCCGUUUGUCAAUUUCCAUUUUUGAGGCCGGCCGGCCCGUUUGGGCCGGGCCGGGCCAGCCCGGCCCGCUGACCACCCCUGUACAGUUGUCGGAAUUUUGUGAAUUUGAAUAUUCUAGGACCUUUCUGGCACUAACAUCCUCCAAUUGCCCGUUGGCAAUAGUAAGCUUGUAUUUAUAAUAUUUCUUUGUAAGAUUUUUUCAUGAAAAACGUCUGGUCUCAUGUGUAAUAUAAAAUGUGUCGAAAAAUAUGUAAUACUUUCUUGGCCAAUCGCAAAUCGUUCUUUCUCUAAUGUCUUUAGAGGGUAAUACGCCUUUUGAACAAAUUUCUGCUGCAAAGUAAUCUUCUUUUUAUCAAUUUCCAACUUGCUCUUUCUCUCUCUUUUUUGAUACUUAUACAAACAAAAAAUAAAAAUAACAAAUUCAGUGAACUAAAAAAUCUCUAACAUAAGCACAAUUAUACUACAAGUUUCAUUUCAACAAAGAAUUCUCUGACAAUUUCCAAAUCGUAAUUCAUAUCUGAUAAGAGACCAAAAAAAUUUGUCUAUUAAAGCUGCGAUUUGGAAUUAAAAUACUACUUUUUAAGCAUUGAUAUUGGUCUCCAAUGUGUUUUUAGUUUAUUGAGAAUGGCGUCUAAAACAGUUUUGGUUAUUACCAGUGUUUUAAUUACUUUUUUGGCUACCUCUUCGGUCUGGCUUACAGUAAGGAACCAAGUGCAAUAUAACUAGUGUCAAAAGUUUUUUUUAUAGCGUUUAGAUUUUCUUAUUAUCCCAAUAAAUUCAUUUUAGGCCUAUUUUGUUGGUGUGAAGCCGAAUAUCGAUAAACAUGACGAGAAAGUUGGUACAACAACACCAGCUCCACUUACUACAACAUUAACGCCGGUGAUCCCGCCACUGGUCCCUUGUGGCGAUCAGUGCAAAUAUGAGCUAGUGGAGUCAUUACCCGUUGGAUUAUACGAAGGUCUGAAGGUAAAACGACUCAGAUCAACGUAUGAAUCUUGGAUGGAAUUGAUGGAUUCAGCCAAUAAAUCGAUCGAUAUUGGUACUAUGUAUUGGUCACUACUGGUUAAAAAUACUGGAAAUAAUUUUACCGAUAAUGACCCUAGUGCUAAAGAAGUAAGAUUACAACGUUUUAGAGACUUUUUCUAUUAUUCUUGGCAUUGGCUGUUGACUUUAGGGAGAAGAUGUCUACAACAAACUGAAAGAAGUGGCUAGCAAAGGAGUUAAACUCCGGAUAGCUCAAGAUGGGAAUCGAGGAGUCUUUCCAGAGACUGUCGACCUUGCCAAAGCCGGCUUGGCCGAGGUUCGAUCACUUAAUUUCACCGCCUUGGUCGGAGCUGGAAUUCUUCAUACAAAAUUCUGGAUUAUUGAUGACAGGGAUUUAUAUCUGGGCUCAGCAAAUCAUGACUGGAGAGCACUUACUCAGGUAACUUUAUUGGGACCUCUAAAACAUAAUUUGUGAAUAAAUUUAUAUUGUUUUAGGUGAAAGAGAUGGGGGUUUUGAUCAGAGAUUGCCCAUGUGUGGCGGCCGAUCUCAAGAAUAUUUUUGAAGUCUAUUGGACUCUUGGAGUGCCAGGAGCAAGAGUUCCCGGGAUUUGGCCGGCUGAUUAUGCCGUGCCAAACAACGAGAGAAACCCAAUUUCAGCAAGGGUUGAGGGAGAAAACGCCUUGAUGUAUCUUACUGUAAGUUUUUUGUAGAAGUCGCUUUGGUUUCAUGCUUGGAAAUAACCAAAACUCCAGCUUUUGAGGUUUUUGAACGCAAAAAAUUAUAAAUAAUGCAUAUAUUGUUUUCAGACCUCCCCUCCAAGCUUUGCCCCUGUCGGUAGGGAGCAUGACGGAGAAACGAUUGUUCGCAACAUCGAUGCUGCUACAAAAUAUGUCUACAUAUCAGUUAUGGACUAUGCCCCGGCCACCUUUUAUAAUCCCCACAAUUAGUAAGUUCCUUGUGCAGCUUUUGUAUUAUGAUUUGAUGACUUUUGUGGUCCGCGGAAAAUAGGGCGUAUCAAAUGUUGGAUGCCACACCCAAGUAUUUUAUGGUGUUAUACCAGAGAUCAAUUCAGAGUAGGAAGUUGCGACGCCUAUAUCUUGUGAUUUCGUACUUAAAUUUGCUGAAGAGAAGGAAAUAGAGAUCGCGAUACAUCGGAGCUAACCGAUGACUGCUGAAUCGAUUAUAGAAACAAUUUUAGUUACUGGCCCAACAUCGACGACGCCCUGAGAAGAGCUGCCUACGAUCGACGUGUUCAGGUCCGAAUCUUAAUCAGCAAGUGGCCUUCAACUCGGGCCGCCGUCAUGGCGCAUCUGAGGUCGUUAACAGCGCUGGAUUCCACAUUGCCUUGUGAUUUUGACAGAAACGCCAAGAAAUGCAAGGAAGGGACAAAGGGGUCGAUUCAAGUGAAGGUGUUCCAAGUCCCACCGUAUAAUGUUACCAUUCCAUACACGAGGGUCAAUCACGCCAAGUAUAUGAUUUCUGAUUACACGGCGACUGUUUGUAAGUUUCUUUCGUUAAAAAAUUUGAAUUUCAAAUUUUAUGUCCCCAGAUUUUUUCUGAAAAUUUCAAAAUAAUUUUGAAAAUUUUGGUAUUUGUUAUCGAAAAGCAUCAAAAAAAUUAUUUUUGGUUUGAAAAAUUAUUCAAAGUUCGAAAAUUUUUAUCUAUUUUUAACACCGAGUACAACAUAUCAUCCACAGGCACAUCGAACUGGUCGGCAGACUACUUCAUAAACACCGGCGGAGUUUCGAUCGUAAUGAAAAGUGAGGACGCGCGGACCGAAAGUAAAAUUGUAAAAGAUUUGCGAGAGAUCUUCGAGAGGGAUUGGGACUCAGAAUAUGCUACUGAUUUGAAAUAA